AUGAAAGGCAGAUUAAAAGUUGUCACAUUCACUUUUGACCGAAUGUUUGUACCUUAUAAAGCAGAUUCCUUUUUUACAAGGUUUUUCAACUCGAUUUCUGUACAAAAUGCCCUAAAUAUUCCACCUACCAAAAUUUCUGUCAAAAUUAGCUAUGUAAGAUGUACGCUGACCAAUAUGGAUGUUUUUCAAAAGCUUUCAAAUGUAAGGCAUGAGUGCGGAACCAUCAAGAAGCGGCUAGAUGAUGUUUUUGAAACGAUCCUUAUUUCAGAUAAAUUAAGAGAGUGUUUAUUACUUGCAGAUUCUGACUCGUAUUCGAUUUUUACUGAAAAAGAGAGGGAAGAGUUCCUCUUUCGCCUGUUGAAACAUAUUUGUAUAGGAGGCGAACUAUGUCAGCAAGAAGAUGAGAUUAAACCAUACACUGAUACUGUCCGCAAAAUCUAUCAUGAUUUGAUAUGUGUCCAGAGGAAUCCUGAUUCAAAAGCAAUCGAAAUCGUUUCCCAUGUUUACGAAGUCCGAGCGUAUGAUGAUCGAAAUAACUUGGUGUUUCCCUCAAAUGAAGAGCAUUUAAACACAUUCUCUUAUGCAAUUGUGGAUCCUUCGAAAAAAAAUAUUAUCAUAUUUUAUCACGUUUUUGGUUGCGGAGAAUUUUCAUAA